AUGGCACAGAUUAAUAGAAAGAGCUACAAGCAUUCUGCGCCCUUUGAUUCUGGCUUUUUCCGUGUGGAUUCGAUCCACAACAUCCAUUACGAGCAAUAUGGCAACAAAGAUGGCAAACCAAUUGUGUUUGUACAUGGCGGUCCCGGUGGCUCUUCUUCCUCAAAGAACACCAUCUUUUUCAAUCCAUCUGUCUACCGUGUAAUCCUCUUUGACCAACGAGGAUGUGGGCGAUCCACUCCCCUAGGCGAGAUUCGAGAAAACAGCCCACAGCACUCGGCUUCAGACAUGGAGCUUCUCCGCAAGUACUUUGGGAUUCAGCGAUGGCACGUUUUUGGCGCCUCGUGGGGAACUACUCUAUCUCUCAUCUACGCGCAAACAUAUCCAGAGGCCGUAGUGAGUCUGACUCUACGAGGCGUCUCCUUCUUUGAGGCCGAGGAAAAGAUAAACUUCAACGCUGCUUUCCAGCGCACAAAGCUCUUCCGUCCAGAGCUAUAUGACGAGCUCGUUGAGCCUCUGACCCAGGAAGAACGCGAGGAUGUUGCUGGUAGCUAUGCUAAGCGGUUCUCGUGCGGUGAUCAUGCAGUUGAGCUUGCGGCAAUGAAAAUGUAUGAUAGAUGGGCUGGGGGGAGCACUAAGCUUGUUCCUAAUGAGGAUGACGGUGAGGUCACAAUGACAGAGGAGGAGGAGAAGCGUAUGGUUGCGUCCAUUCGGAUCGAGUGGCAUUAUCAUGCGUACAAUCUAUGGCUGAAGGAACUGCGGUACCUGGAGCCUGAGAAGCUGGAAAAUAUCAAAGAAGUCCCGUGCUACAUCGUUAACGGGAGGUAUGACUUGAUCUGUCCGCCAAUUGCGGCGUGGAGGCUGCAUAAGCUGUUGCCUAAUAGCAAGAUUUUCAUCGUUCCUGAUGCCGGACACUCAGCCACUGAGCCUGGUACACAGAAUAAGCUUGUGGAGAUUUGUGAUGAGAUUGCAAGCUUUCCUAUUUAA